AUGACACUAUCGGCGGGCAUCGGCAUAACACUACACCCAUAUUGCCAACACAUGUGGCAACUCUACUUAUGCGCGUUUUGCACGUCAGUGGGCGGCGGUGUUUGGGACAGCGGUAACCAAGUGUGGAGUAUCGAGAUGUGGGGUUCCCGGAGCCCAUCAGUUUUGCAACUGACCCAGAUGGCUUACGCAGCCGGUUGUGCCCUAUCACCGUUACUGUCCCGGGAAUUUCUGUUGGGCGACAUGUACCGGCACGGCCACCAUGAUCACGAUGACCACCACCAUCAUCACACUAGUCCAAAGCCCCUACACUACUGGAUGGACAAUAUUACACAUGAGGCAGAUAUUAAUUACUCGGUGGACAGACGCCCGCGACUUAAGAUACCCUAUAUGAUUGUGGGCGCGAUUGGGUUAAUUACCGUAUCGUUUGUGGUGUUGCAAUUUAGCCAGAUGUGCAUGACACGUAUCUGGGUGGUUAACGCAUUUAUAGGUUACGGCUUCUCAGCGAUGUAUCCGUUGUACUAUUCAUUUACGGACAAACAUUUGACGUUCACUAAUAAAAUCUCGUCGAUAGUGUCGAUCGCUUCGCAGUGUUUCCCAUUAAUGUCACCCUUUCUUAUCGGACCACUCAUUGAAGAUCACCCGCACGUACUGUUGGACCUCGAGUUUGGUUAUCUCGCGCUAUACGUGUGCGCCCUAAUCACGGGUAUAGGCGGCGGUGCGUGGGAUAGCGGUAACCAAGUGUGGACUAUAGAGUUGUGGGGCUCCCGGAGCCCAUCGGUUCUGCAAUUAUCGCAAAUGAUGUUUGGCUUGGGCUCAGUGUUGGCCCCAUUGAUAGCCCAGCCCUAUGUGUUGGGCGAUCUGUCCGAUAAUAACGCGAUGACAACGACCGAGACGUUAGGGUCAACUGUUAGCGAUGUUAACAAUACGGAUAUUAAUUACCUAAUGGAUAGACGGCCGGCGCUUAUCAUACCGUAUAUUACUGUUGGUGCCAUUGGGCUAAUAUGUAUGCAUAUACUCUAA